UAGAACCCCUGUCUCCCUUCCUGACAGUACUGUUUCUGGCCCCCUUUGUUCUUCGAGUCACUCUCUCGGAAACUGGUAGGCAGAGGAUAGGGAGAAAAUUGAGCGGCCGAAGCUGGGAAGACUGCAUCUGAUAAGAUUAUGUGCUUGGAAGGCAGGCCCCUUGAAUUCAGGUGAUGGAUGCAUGGAAAAAAAGAGCCAUGGCCGGUGGCUGAGUGGUGAUCGAGGGGCGAGUGAUGAGUGGUGAAUGCUGAGUGGUGCGCAGGCGCAUGGAGCUUGCAGAGUGGGGGACAAAGGCGACAUCGACUUUUCUUGGCCACGAAAAUGCCAGUCAAUGCCACGAAUUCGCAGCCUGCGCCCAGAAUUUCCGCCUCUUCAUCAGUCCACUCUGCCGAUGUCGCUCUCACGCUGCUCGAGUCCAUAUCCUGCUGUUCUGGACACUCCUCUGGUCCGCUGCCAGGUUCCACUCCGUCCUACUCUCCCCUGUCCACCAUGCCCUUGGGGAAGGCCGCUCGCCUGCGCCCCGGCUCACCUCGCAGAAAGUUAGCGAUCGCCGCUCGCUGCCGCCCCCCCCGCGAAAGGAGGCGGUCGAUUGGUCAAUUGGCAAACACAGCUUGUGGAAACACUUUCGUCGGCUGAUGCCCGGGUUUAGGAAGAACACGAUUGAAAUUCUGCUUCUUUCGUGUGUUUGAUCAGCCAGGGAAAUUCUCUGCUUUGCACACAUGCGCGUCACAGGUGUUGCCUCGCAUGGCCCGGCUUCACAUCGACUUUUCCCACUUCAAUCCUUGGUCUUCCCUUGUCUCUGUUGACGUUACCCUUCAGGUUUGAUUAGGCUCGCUUCAACCACAGCUGCAAGCCACGCCUCAAAAGACGGAGGGUUGCACGGUCGGAAAAGCACAAGCUCACGCCCAAGUCGAUUGGACACGGGUCCACCAGAUUAGAUCACAGCUCUUGAUACUAUUAUUCAAUUUUUAUCUGAUCAAUUGCUCGCACCACCUCUAUCCCUCUAUAUCCCUCCUGUCGCCCUCGUCGACUGCGCGCCGAGGCGGUCUCUCUUCGUCUGUGUAACUUCUCUCUUUCAGACAUCUGCAAACCCGGACCUCUUUUCCAUCGAUGCCCAUGUGUGGCCCAAUGCCUUGACCCCUACAACUGGCCAGAACCGACGCUUCGACCGACCAGCUUGGCGACGACCAAGCAUCAGCUUGUUCUCGCUCUGGACCGCUUCUGCCAAGGGGACCCUGCGGUGUCAAGCUCUUCUCUACGGAUUGAAUACUUUUCGUCUUGGCUGUUCGCUUGACGACUUGCAUUGCUCUCCACUAUCCAAGCCCGAUGAGCCCGCCAUUCAGUGCGAAAUCCUCAGACCACGAAGGAGUUGAUGGGUCUCUCCUUCCCUGCUGAUCCGGCGAGUUGAGUGAUAAUCUUAUCAGAUCGUCCGCCUGACUUUUCGAAUUUUCUGCCACGCCGGAGCAGUAUCGGAGCAACGUCGAGGGUCGCAGGGAUCGCUGGACGCUUUGGCAAGUUUUUCCGUUCUGCCGGCAGAGGACUUUCGGAGCAUCGCCUUUCAAAAGAUCUUAUCUGAUAUCGAUGGUCGACAUCUUUCCUUGUCUCUAACGAGCACGACUCAUAGCCAGAAGUCAUGGCGCUGUCCCUGUCGAAUUUCUUCUUCCUAAGCACAGUCUUUCUGCUGUCAUUCGCCUCUGCAGCAACACGGGUGUAUAACUUCACUGCUGGUUGGAUGACCACGAAUCCCGAUGGCUUGUUCAACAGGACUACUAUUGGCAUCAAUGGCCAGUGGCCUUUGCCUCGAAUCGAGGCGGACGUGGGCGACAGGAUCAUUGUCAAUCUGAAAAACGAUCUGGGAAAUCAGUCUACCUCAAUUCACUUCCACGGGCUGUUUAUGAAUGGCUCUAAUCAUAUGGAUGGCGUCGCGAGUACAACACAGUGUCCAGUCCCUCCGGGUGCCACUUUUACCUAUGAUUUCAAUGUCACCCAGCCAGGCACGUACUGGUACCAUUCGCACGUUGACGGACAGUAUCCGGAUGGCUUUAGAGGGCCACUGAUCAUUCACGACCCGCAAAACCCCUACGCAGACCUGUACGAGGAGGAGUUAGUAUUGACGCUCUCAGAUUGGUAUCAUGAGCAAAUGCCCCCACUCAUCAAGAAGUUCUUGAGCGUGACCAAUCCCACGGGUGCUGAGCCAGUACCACAAUCUGCCCUUAUGAACGACACCCAAAACCUCCAAAUUCACGUGCAACCUGGCAAGACCUACUUCUUGCGCAUAGUCAAUAUGGCCGGCUUCGCUGCCCAGUACUUUUGGAUAGAAGGGCACACUUUCCGCAUCAUUGAGGUGGACGGUGUAUAUCAUGAACCCACCGAGGCAAGCAUGAUUUACCUGACUGCUGCACAACGAUACGGUAUUCUCCUGACCACCAAAAAUGACACGAGUGCCAAUUUUGCGAUCGUGGGUUCUAUGGACCAAGAUUUGUUCGACAAGAUUCCCAAGGAUCUGAAUCCAAACGUGACGAGUUUCUUGGUCUAUGACGCAGAGAAACCUAUGCCGACGCCCAAGCUCGUUGAUUCAUUUGAGCCAUUUGAUGAUAUGAAGCUCCGACCCACUGAUGGAGAGGAGCUGCUUGAGGACCCGGAUCUGGUCGUCCAGCUCGAUCUGAUGAUGGACAAUUUGGGCGACGGAGUCAACUAUGCCUUCUUCAACGGCAUCACCUACGUCCGCCCCAAGGUGCCCUCGCUGUACACGGCGCUGACAACCGGCGACCUUGCCACCGACGCGACCGUCUACGGCGUCAACACACACGCCUAUGUCCUCGGUCACAACGAAGUCGUCGAGAUCGUCCUGAACAACCAGGAUCCCGGGAAACACCCAUUCCAUUUGCACGGCCACGCCUUCCAGGCCGUGGUGCGUGGUGCCGACGACUCGGGCGACUACGACCCCAACGCGGUGACGAACGGGAGCUUGGUACUUCCCCGAGUCCCCAUGAGGAGAGAUACGCUCUUGGUCCGACCGAACGGCCAUAUCGUGAUGCGAUUCAGGAGCGACAAUCCGGGCGUGUGGUUGUUCCACUGCCAUAUUGAAUGGCACGUCGACUCGGGCCUGGUCAUGACUUUUGUCGAGUCCCCCUUGCUCCUGCAACAAACCCUCUCUGCGCGCAUCCCCGACGAUCACUUGGCCGCCUGCGCCGCGCUGGCCCCGCCGAUGCCCACGGCCGGCAAUGCCGCGGCCAACACGGCGGACCUGCUCGACCUCACGGGCGCCAACGUCUCGCCCGCCCCCUUGCCCGACGGCUUCACCCCGCGCGGCAUCGUCGCGCUGACCUUCAGCAUCGUCGCGGGCCUGCUCGGCGUCGCCACCGUGGUCUGGUACGGGCUCGGCGAGAUGGGCACCAUCGAGACCGAGCGCGAGAAGGCAAAGAUCCAGAAGGUCGCGGUGGAACGGGGCGUCGUGUCUCGCUUGCCCACGGACACGUCUGCUGCUUCCUCCGUGGGCGGUACCGGCGUUCUAGCUGGGGAUGGGGGAGCAAGUCCCGCGGAUCUUGGGAGAGAGGAGAUCACGAGGUCGGCCAACUAAACUCAUAUAUGGUGACACAUCUAGGCCGUCUUCACAGAGAAAGUGUAAGGAAAGGGAACAAAUCAGCUGAACUUAUAUUCCCCUAUCAUGAACGUAUCUUGCUUGACGCCCCGUCUGCUGGGAUUCCUUUCGAUACGCAGCCUCUCUCCCAUAUGUUCAUAGUCGUGACGCCAUCAGAGCUUAAUUUCUCUUCUGCGAGACACACCGCAACCAUUCACUAAGAACUGUUCUGGCUCAAGGUGACCUGAUCCGUGACCAACAUGCCAGCAAUACUUGCACUAGUUAAUGUCGAGAGCACCCCAGAGAACAACGCC